AUGCCUACCUCGACAAUCACCGUUUCUAAUACGAGCUCUCGGAGGACCUCCGGCCAGAUUCAAAAACCUUUCGAAAAUGCUCAAGUUGCUCCGCUGCCACCUCCAGCUGAGACGGGGCCUCCAGUGGAGGAACCGACACCGAAAAGGCCUAAGCGGACGCUCAAGCUCACAGCUUCUCAACGUGAGAGGAAAAGAGCUAUCGACCGCGAGGCCCAGCGAAGCAUACGUCUGAAAACCAAAAAUUACAUCGCCCAUCUUGAGAACCUAGUCCGAAUUAUGGAGAAUGGGGGCUCGUCCACAAGUCACGGCGAGAGCGGUGAGCAUCCUCGCGGGCAGGUAACCACUGAAGAAGCAGGCCAAGAAAGAAUCAGAGCACUAUUAUCCCAACUGAGGCAGAGCGAGGACGAGGUCAGACGGCUGAGGGAGAUGGUCACUGGAGUACAGAGGCUGGUAGCAGGCGCUUUGAAUCCCGGCGAGGAUUCGGCCACGAAACAACUUACUGGCCCUGAGGCUUACAACAUCCAGCAGCCUGCACAAAUGGCGACGCCUCUUCAAGGCAUGGUCCAGGAUCAUCUAGAGAACAGCGCCUCCGUUUAUUCCCACAGUUCGGAUUCAUCGUCCCCUGUGAUCGAGCUUGGUUAUCAGCCAUUUGACCAACCGAGGUCUGCCGAGGCAUCUGCGCGCAACUACACCCCAAGAGUGGCAGGCCUUCGAGUCCAUUCCUCGCACCACCCGGAUCGACUGAACGGCCUUGGGAGGUUAGUCCCUCCUGCACCAGUAUUCGAACCACCAACCUCAGAGCCGCCCGACCCUGCCAAGGACAGGGUCGAAGGCGAACUGUUCUUCCUCUCAGAACGUGAGGUCAAUCGGGUCUUGGCUGGAGGACACCAAUCCUUCGCGAACCAACCCCUUGACGAAGAUAUCGUCGUGCGCGCGGUAUUGCAUGGAUGGCGCGACGUGCAGGACCUUUAUCUACUUGAUAGAGGCUGGCAGGCGCUCAGGAGCAUUGACCAAUCCAUCUUCCGCGAAUGUGGCGUUGUGGAGAGGAUUGCCAUCCUCCACAUGAUGCGGCUGAAGCUGCUCCAUCAGAGCAACAUGAAUCCGCAGUUUCUGGCUCCGCUACCGCCCUUCUUCCAGAGAGGCCCGACGGAAGACGUGAAAGUCUUGGAGAAGAUGCCCCUAAUUGAGCACUUUAUUUGGCCAGGCCUGCGCACCUCCCUGUGCAAGAAUGCGGGAAGGUAUAUCAACAACAAAUUUUCGGAUUCGUUCCGGCGAUCACUGAAGUUCCUAUGGCCCUACAAUGUAUCGGAUGUCUAUGAGAGAGACCCCAUGACCCAGCUGUACUCAGUCAUGCCGGAGUUCAAGCGACGCGAAGCUGAUCUCCGUUCGUGGACGAUGAGAAAGGAUUUCUUUGCACAUGCAAGCGAACUGAUGGGCGCGAUACCGGUGUAUGAGGUGUCUUUGGACCGAACCCUGAUUCCAGCCGGGCAAAUUUCUAUGCAAGCCGGACUGAAUGCGGGACAAAUGUCCCGGCGGAUGCUUCAGAAAGCACCUGCUGGGGCUAUGGAAAAGCAGGAGGCCACCGAAUCGCAGAUGGAGUCGAUGCGUGCACCUGCCCAUGCUCACACGUCUCACCAUAUGGGCGGCCAUCCAGCUAUGGCGACGACAACGACGACGACGACGGACAUACCUGUAACGCAGAUUCCACAUGCUGCUGAGGUUGAGGCUUGGCUGGGAGAUCCUGAUCUGGUGCCGCAGUAUUGGAAUAUGGGAUCUGGCAUGGACGUGGGAUUUGAGGCGGUUUCACCCCAGUGGACGACCGGCCCACGAGGAUUUGGGGGAUGA